AUGCCAUGCGGAGCCGGCGAGGAGACGCUUGGGCCGCCGACACCGAUCGAAGAAUACUCGCCGCUUUUAAACACGCAAGCUGGGCUUCCUGCCUUGCCGGAUGAUUCUUUCGCGGUCCUCUUUGGCACAGCAGGUGAACAGGUUACGACGUCCGAAGAGACUAUCACCGCAGCCGGAGAUGCCAUUCAGGAGUUCCUGCAGUUCACUGCAGAGAACGAGAUGGACUGGGAUGCGGCAGUGGCUUCUUUUGCAGACGCAGAGGCUACGAAGCAGAGUCUUCCGCUCACUGAGGCUGUAGAAGGGUCUGAGCCGGACCACUCCGUUGCGGCUGCAGACACUAUCCCAGAUCACGAGAGUGCCGUCGAAACGCUCUUGCGGGUGGUUGAGGAGGCCUAA